AGGGUGGUACUGGCACUUGGUCCCGCCCCUCGCAUAUUUCACUUCCGCUCGGGGAAGGACCGCUUCCGGUCUUCCUGUGGCGCGCUACCUGCCAGGAUGGCGGCUCGGCAGCCCCUGCGGGUCUUGUGCCUGGCGGGCUUCCGGCAGAGCGAGCGGGGCUUCCGCGAGAAGACUGGCGCGCUGAGGAAGGCGUUGCGGGGCCGCGCCGAGCUCGUGUGCCUCAGUGGCCCGCACCUGCUCCCCGACGCAGCGGGCCUCUACGGCGCCGGGCCAGACUCCGGGCCUUUGCCUCCGGAGGAGCAGCCUCGAGGUUGGUGGUUUUCCGAGCAGCAGGCAGACGUUUUCUCCGCACUGGAAGAGCCUGCAGUGUGCCGGGGUCUGGAGGAAGCUCUGGGAACCGUGGCACAGGCACUGGACAAGCAGGGGCCUUUUGACGGACUUCUUGGCUUCAGCCAGGGGGCUGCAUUAGCAGCCCUUGUGUGUGCCCUGGGCCAGGCGGGUGAUCCCCGCUUUCCCUUGCCACGGUUUAUCAUCCUUGUGUCUGGUUUCUGCCCCCGGGGCCCUAGCCUCAAGGAACCCAUCCUGCAGAGCCCGUUGUUACUGCCUUCGCUCCACGUUUUCGGGGACACUGAUGGAGUCAUCCCUUCUCAGGAGAGUAUGCAAUUGGCUAGCCAAUUCCCAGGCGCCAUCACCCUUACUCACUCUGGGGGCCACUUCAUUCCAGCGGCUGCAUCCCAGCGCCAAGCCUAUCUCAAAUUCUUGAACCAGUUUUCAGAAUGAAAGAUCAUCAAACGUCUCUGAAGCCUCUGAGCAGCUGUAAUCUAUGCCCUUCUUUCCCCACCCUGGGACCUCCACUGCUGUGCUAAUUAUUGGUUCUCAGGAGUGUACUAAUAUAAGCCCUGCUGUGCAGAAAAAGGGGAGCAGACCUUAAUAAACUUUGGUUUCUGAUAAUCAAACAUGAAAAAGGCCAGAGAACCCUGGAUGAGAAAGCAGGGGCUGGCAUCACUGCUACUGCCACAAUAAAGUGGUUUGG